CCCCCGUCAAAUCUGUGCGCAAGGUGGCCAUAGGAGCAGCUUCACAGGACUUUGGUGAAGAUCAGAUGGAAUUAGCAUGUCCUGGUUUAGUGGUCUCCUGGUCCCCAAGGUGGAUGAACGGAAAACAGCCUGGGGUGAACGCAAUGGGCAGAAGCGUCCACGCCGUGGGACUCGGACCAGUGGCUUCUGCACGCCCCGCUAUAUGAGCUGCCUCCGGGAUGCACAGCCCCCCAGCCCCACCCCUGCAGCUCCCCCUCGGUGCCCCUGGCAGGAUGAGACCUUCAUCCGGAGAGGUGGCCCAGGCAAGGAGCUGGGGCUGCGGGCGGUGGCCCUGGGCUUUGAGGACACUGAGGCAAUGGCAGCGGUCAGGGCAGCCGAGGUGGCACCUGACGUGGCAGCCAGGGGUAGGCGGUCCUGCUGGCGCCGUUUGGCCCAGGUGUUCCAGUCCAAGCAGUUCCGCUCGGCCAAGCUGGAGCGCCUGUACCAGCGGUACUUCUUUCAGAUGAACCAGAGCAGCCUGACUCUGCUGAUGGCAGUGCUGGUGCUGCUGACUGCCGUGCUGCUAGCCUUUCAUGCCGCACCUGCCCGCCCUCAGCCUGCCUAUGUGGCCCUGCUGGCCUGUGCCGCCACCCUCUUUGUGGCGCUCAUGGUGGUGUGUAACCGGCACAGCUUCCGCCAGGACUCCAUGUGGGUGGUGAGCUACGUGGUGCUGGGCAUCCUAGCAGCUGUGCUGAUUGGGGGUGCCCUGGCAGCCAACCCCCGCAGCCCCUCUGUGGGCCUCUGGUGCCCCGUGUUUUUUGUCUACAUCACCUACACGCUCCUGCCUAUCCGCAUGCGGGCGGCUGUCUUCAGUGGCCUGGGCCUCUCCACCCUGCAUCUGAUCUUGGCCUGGCAGCUCAACCAUGGUGAUGCCUUCCUCUGGAAGCAGCUUGGUGCCAACAUGCUGCUGUUCCUCUGUACCAAUGUCAUCGGCAUCUGUACACACUACCCGGCUGAAGUGUCUCAGCGCCAGGCCUUUCAGGAGACCCGUGGUUACAUCCAGGCCCGGCUGCACCUGCAGCAUGAGAAUCGGCAGCAGGAACGGCUGCUGCUGUCGGUAUUGCCCCAGCAUGUUGCCAUGGAGAUGAAAGAAGAUAUCAACACAAAGAAAGAAGAUAUGAUGUUCCAUAAGAUCUACAUCCAGAAGCAUGACAAUGUCAGCAUCCUGUUUGCAGACAUUGAAGGCUUCACCAGCCUGGCAUCCCAGUGCACUGCGCAGGAGCUGGUCAUGACCCUGAAUGAGCUCUUUGCCCGGUUUGACAAACUGGCUGCGGAAAAUCAUUGCCUGAGGAUCAAGAUCUUAGGGGACUGUUACUACUGUGUGUCGGGGCUGCCAGAGGCCCGAGCAGACCAUGCCCACUGCUGUGUGGAGAUGGGGGUGGACAUGAUCGAGGCCAUCUCGCUGGUGCGUGAGGUGACAGGUGUGAACGUGAACAUGCGCGUGGGCAUCCACAGCGGGCGUGUACACUGUGGCGUCCUUGGCCUGCGGAAAUGGCAAUUCGAUGUGUGGUCCAAUGACGUGACUCUGGCCAACCACAUGGAGGCGGGGGGCCGGGCCGGCCGCAUCCAUAUCACUCGGGCCACACUGCAGUACCUGAAUGGGGACUACGAGGUGGAGCCAGGUCGUGGUGGUGAGCGUAACGCAUACCUCAAGGAGCAGCACAUUGAGACCUUCCUCAUCCUGGGAGCCAGCCAGAAACGGAAAGAAGAGAAGGCCAUGCUGGCCAAGCUGCAGCGUACGCGGGCCAACUCCAUGGAAGGGCUGAUGCCACGCUGGGUGCCUGAGCGUGCCUUCUCCCGGACCAAGGACUCCAAGGCUUUCCGCCAGAUGGGCAUUGAUGAUUCCAGCAAAGACAACCGGGGUGCCCAAGAUGCCCUGAACCCUGAGGAUGAGGUAGAUGAGUUCCUGGGCCGUGCCAUUGAUGCCCGCAGCAUCGAUCAACUGCGGAAGGACCAUGUGCGCCGCUUUCUGCUCACCUUCCAGAGAGAGGAUCUUGAAAAGAAGUACUCACGGAAGGUGGACCCCCGCUUCGGAGCCUACGUAGCCUGUGCGCUGUUGGUCUUCUGCUUCAUCUGCUUUAUCCAACUCCUCGUUUUCCCACACUCAACCCUGAUGCUUGGGAUCUAUGCCGGUAUCUUCCUGCUGUUGCUGAUCACUGUGCUGACCUGUGCCGUGUACUCCUGUGGCUCUCUCUUCCCCAAGGCCCUGCAACGCCUUUCCCGCAGCAUUGUCCGUUCUCGGGCACACAGCACUGUGGUUGGCAUCUUUUCAGUCUUGCUUGUGUUCACCUCUGCCAUCGCCAACAUGUUCACCUGUAACCACACUCCCAUACGGACUUGUGCAGCCCGGAUGCUGAAUGUAACACCCGCUGACAUCACUGCCUGCCACCUGCAGCAGCUCAAUUACUCUCUGGGCCUGGAUGCUCCCCUGUGUGAGGGCACCGCACCCACUUGCAGCUUCCCUGAGUACUUCGUUGGGAACAUGUUGCUGAGUCUCUUGGCCAGCUCUGUCUUCCUGCACAUUAGUAGCAUCGGGAAGUUGGCAAUGAUCUUUGUCCUCGGGCUCAUCUAUUUGGUGCUGCUUCUGCUGGGCCCACCAGCCACCAUCUUUGACAACUAUGACCUGCUGCUUGGUGUCCAUGGCUUGGCUUCUUCCAAUGAGACCUUCGAUGGGCUGGACUGCCCAGCUGCAGGGAGGGUGGCACUCAAAUACAUGACCCCCGUGAUUCUGCUGGUGUUUGCUCUAGCACUGUAUCUGCAUGCCCAGCAGGUGGAAUCAACUGCUCGUCUGGACUUCCUCUGGAAACUUCAGGCAACAGGAGAGAAGGAGGAGAUGGAGGAGCUCCAGGCAUACAACCGAAGGCUGCUGCAUAACAUUCUGCCCAAGGACGUGGCUGCCCACUUCCUGGCCCGGGAGCGCCGGAAUGAUGAGCUCUACUAUCAGUCGUGUGAGUGUGUGGCUGUCAUGUUUGCCUCCAUUGCCAACUUUUCUGAGUUCUAUGUGGAGCUGGAGGCAAACAAUGAGGGCGUCGAGUGCCUGCGGCUGCUCAACGAAAUCAUCGCUGACUUUGAUGAGAUCAUCAGCGAGGAGCGGUUCCGGCAGCUGGAGAAGAUCAAGACGAUUGGUAGCACCUACAUGGCUGCCUCAGGGCUGAAUGCCAGCACCUAUGAUCAGGCGGGCCGCUCCCACAUCACUGCCCUGGCCGACUAUGCCAUGCGGCUCAUGGAGCAGAUGAAGCACAUCAACGAGCACUCCUUCAACAAUUUCCAGAUGAAGAUUGGGCUGAACAUGGGCCCAGUCGUGGCAGGCGUCAUUGGGGCUCGGAAACCACAGUAUGACAUCUGGGGGAACACCGUGAAUGUCUCUAGCCGUAUGGACAGCACGGGGGUCCCUGACCGAAUCCAGGUGACCACGGACUUGUACCAGGUUCUAGCUGCCAAGGGCUACCAGCUGGAGUGUCGAGGGGUGGUCAAGGUGAAGGGCAAGGGGGAGAUGACCACCUACUUCCUCAAUGGGGGCCCCCCCAGUUAGCAGGGCCCAGCUACAAAUUCAGCUCACAGGACCAAGGUGGGCAUUUGAGUGGACUCUGCUCGCUGGGCGGCACUAUGGGAGGGGGCAUCGAGCCUCCAGACCCUGCUGACCACAAAAGGGAACACCCCAGCAGGAUGUGCUUGGACUAUGCUUGUCUGCCCUCAGGCUGGUGAACAGGGGAACCAAGAGGAUUAUGGAAGUGACUUUUACUUUUCUAAUUGGGAUAGGGCUGUUCCCUCUCCUCUCUUCCAGCUUUUUGGGAGCAGGGGAGGGGGCAGGGCAGCAGCAGAGACAGCAGGGAUUAAAAUGGCAGCUUGCCAUGCCUACCUUUUCCCUGUCUGUCUGGGUAACAGACUCAGGGCUGGGCCCUUGUUUUCCCUCUUUUUCCUGGGAAUAUUUUGUACAAAGACUGGGGCAGGCAUGAGGAGUGCCUAUUCCAUGUUUGCCUCUGCUAUGCCUGCAUUCCCAGCACUGGCCUUGGGUACCCUACCCCAGUCAGGUCUCCCUCCUAGGCACAGGGCAGAGGAAGGAGAUGCUCUGGGGACUCUGCUCUAUCCAUAUUUCAGGGGAAUGUUUCCAUUUGCCAAAUCUUAGUCCCAUGAUCUGUCCCCAAAGGGGAACAAAGGGACUUUUGACAGUUUAGAUUUAGCCCUAGUUCCUGCACAGCUCUAGGAAAAGGGGCAUCUGGCCUCAUUGGUACUGUGAAAACGCCCAGCCAGAAAGCAAGCAUGUAUGUGGGAUGUCAAAAGGUCAGGAGCUGGAAGUUCACCUGCAGAUGCCCAAGAAAGCAGGCUGGCCAAGGAGUGGGGUGGUACCAGACUCUUGAUCUGAGGGCCCCACUGGAGUCAGGAUCAGGUCACUCUGCACCCAUGCUCUCUUGCUGUCUGCUGGCAAGGGGGCGCAGAGCAUCUCUACCCCUUCUGUUGCCAAAUAGAAAAGGGUCAGGGCGUGUGGAUGGUGACCCUGAUCCUAAACCUGUCCUCCCCGGUCUUUGGCACUGGGGAGGCCCUGUGCAUCUGUGUAAUGUAUGUGCCUGUCAGCCUUUUUUUUGUGUGUAUCUGUUUCCAGGUCUGUGUGUAUCCUUAUGCUUCUCCUCAGCUCUCCACCCUGGUUUGCCUCUCCUGUGGGCCUCUAUCUUCUGGGAAUAAGGCAGGGUUUCCGAUUUCAGGGGAUGGGGAGAGCCGCCUAAGUUGUACAGGAGUAGCAUGGGAUGUGGCAGCAAGAGGAAGGUGGCCCUGGGGAGAGGAGUCCUUUUUGUGCCAAAUCCCUAAGUGCCAUUUGGGGGCCGUGUGUGCAGCAUGACUGUCUCCCUGCCUUGGGGCAGGGUCCCAAGCGCCUGCUUGAGCCUCAGUGCUCCAUGGACUUGAACUGUCUGGGUUUGGCGGGCAGAGGCUCAGGAAUUUCCUAGGCUCCCCAGUUGGUGGUAUACUUUGGGACUGGCAUAGCAUGGGAUCUCUCUGAGGACCCAGAUACUGGUACUAGGGGAUGGAGCAAGGGAACCUGAAACUUGGCUUUCCCCAGCCUUCAGUCUCAGUCUAGCAUGUCCUGGAUCCCCAGUCCUCAUGAAGCCUGCAAGGACUGGAAGGAGGGUCAGGAGGUUGGACUUUAGAUUCCCUUCCUGUCUCUGCCUUCCUUUUACUCCUUUCCCUGCAACCUCCUUGUCUCAGGCCUGAUUUAGUUGGUGCCUUGGUUUCUCUGUCUGUAGCUAUUUAAGCCAGAGGCAUUAGCCUGAAUUUUGCUUGAAGAUCAUUUUGUCUUAAAGGUGAUUAGAGAGACAGAGAAGAGGGUUCCAGAGCUGCUGAGUUUGGGGAAUGGAAGGGGUGGGUGGCACCCUUGCCCUUCCACAUGUCCUUUCUUGACUCCAGCUCCUUGCAGAGGCCUGGUUUCUGGCUUAUACUGCCUGCCUUGGGGGAUCUUCAUGCAUCAGUCAAGUGGGCCAUCAGGCACUUCAUUAGCUGUGGCAGGAGGAGGGGAAAAGACUAGUUGGUCCAGAGAGAAGAUCAACUCCCAUCUCUCCAGACAUAUCCCUGGAUAGGAAAGGGACUGCUUGGAGCCCUGGGGUAGGAGUAGGGGUGUAAGGAGACCAGAGUGGGAACUCAGUCUUGGGUGAUUUGUCUUUGCUUCUUGUCAAGUGGGAGGGACCUGUCCAAUACCCUGAAUCCCCAUACCACAGUGCCAGCCAUGCCCUUUUCCUGGGCUACCAUUGCCUCCUUUCUCACCAGUUGGUGGGGGAGUCAGUGCGUGGGAGGCCCAAGGACUUUGGUUUUACAAUGUAACCACUGUGGGGGGGGGGGAGGGUGGUAUACCAUGUAUU